UAUACUUGUGAUAGAACUGAAAAACAGAGCUCUACGCCUCAAACCCCUCUCCCCCUCUCUCUGAAAUAUCAAUGUUGCAGUCUCUACACCUACUCUCCCCCAGCUUAUCCUUCCCUCUCACCCAUCCCCACAACCGCUCACUCUCUCCUCCCAACUUUUUCCACAGACCCAUUACACUCCACACUCUCUCAGCCCACCUCCGAACCAGACCUGGACCAUGGCUCGCCCAAGUCCCCGAACCCACCACAACUGCACCAGAGGACGGACCCAUCGAACUUCCACCAUCCACUCCAUCCAUUUUCGCCACCACCGACGACCCUACGCCUCUCCAAGUCGCCACCAGUGUUCUGCUUACCGGGGCCAUCUCUGUCUUCCUCUUCCGCUCUCUCCGUCGCCGUGCAAGGCGAGCCAAAGAACUGCAAUUUAGGUCUUCGGGAGCAAAGAAAUCGUUGAAGGAGGAGGCAAUUGAUAGUUUGAAAGCUAUGACACCGACAACAAUCGAUGGCAAUGCCAAAUCUCCUCCCUCGCCCAUUCAGGCUUUCUUGGGUGGUAUAACAGCUGGUGUCAUCGCGCUUAUUCUUUACAAGUUCACCACCACUAUAGAGGCGUCCCUCGGUCGCCAGACACUUUCAGAUAAUUUCUCGGUUCGCCAAAUAACAAUAACCAUAAGGACUAUUAUCAAUGGGUUGUGCUAUCUUGCAACAUUUGUUUUCGGCAUCAACUCCGUAGGUUUAGUCCUGUACUCAGGCCAGCUUGCCAUCGACUCCUUCAUGGGAGAUUCUACAAGUGAAGAAACUCAGAGUAUAGAUGAAGCAAGAUUAAAUUCUACAAAUCUGAUAGCCAAGAGUCCCUCAGAUAGCUCUGGAAUGGACAGCAGUAAUGGGGAACAAAGUUCAGAUAAUACACAGUAAGGUAAGAUUCAAAAGGAACAGGUUUCAGUUCAUCUGAUCAAUUUGUAUUACACAUAUAUCUUUUCAAUAUAUAUAUCAUGCAAUUUUAUAAA